GACGUGAGCUCGUCCACCUCCUCGUCCGACUCGCUGGAGCUGGAGCGCAGCAUGCCGCUGCUCGCCUGCGACGCCGACUCGGCCAGCAGCCCCGACGACGAGCGCGAGAGCGACCCGGACAGCCCGGCGCCGCCGCCGCCGCUGCUGCAGCCGCGCAAGAGGCGCAGCGCCGCCGCCGCCGCGCUGCCGCGCCUCGUCAAGUCGCAGCUGCGCAAGGUCGGCGGCGUCUUCAGCGCCUUCCGCACGCCCGAGAAGCGCAUGGUCAAGCGGAUCGCCGAGAUGGCCCGCGACAAGCGCACCUACUUCGGCUGCCUCGUCCAGGACUACGUCAGCUUCCUGCAGGAGAACCGCGAGUGCCACGUGUCCAGCACCGACCUGCUGCAGACGAUCCGGCAGUUCAUGACCCAGGUCAAGAGCUACUUGGCGCAGAGCUCCGAGCUGGACCCCCCCAUCGAGUCCCUGAUCCCGGAGGACCAGAUAGAUGUGGUGUUGGAGAAAGCCAUGCACAAAUGCAUCCUGAAGCCCCUUAAGAACCACGUUGAUGUGAUGCUGAAGGAUUUCCAUACGGCCGACGGCUCCUGGAAGCAACUGAAAGAAAACCUCCAACUGGUCCGACAACGAGACCCUCAGGAGCUGGGAGUGUACGUCCCAACACCGGACUUUGUAGACGUUGAGAAGAUUAAAGUCAAGCUCAUGACAAUGCAGAAGAUGUACUCACCUGAGAAGAAGGUCCUUUUGCUCCUCCGUGUUUGCAAGCUGAUUUAUACUGUGAUGGAGAACAAUUCAGGAAGGAUGUACGGCGCCGAUGACUUCCUGCCCGUGCUGACCUACGUCGUGGCUCAGUGCGACAUGCUGGAGUUAGAUGCUGAAAUCGAGUACAUGAUGGAGCUUCUGGACCCGUCCCUGCUGCACGGAGAAGGGGGCUACUACUUGACAAGUGCGUACGGAGCGCUCUCGCUGAUCAAGAAUUUCCAAGAAGAGCAAGCUGCCCGGCUGCUGUGCUCGGAAGCGCGGAACACCCUCCGGCAGUGGCACAAGCGACGGACGACGAACAGAACGAUCCCGUCUGUGGACGAUUUCCAGAACUACCUGCGUGUUGCAUUCCAGGAAAUAAACAGCGGUUGCACAGGGAAAACCUUGCUGGUGAGACCUUAUAUUACUACGGAAGAUGUUUGCCGGCUGUGUGCUGAAAAAUUUAAAGUGGACAAUCCCGAGGACUACAGCCUGUUCCUUUUUAUUGACGACACCUGGCAGCAGCUGACCGAGGACACUUACCCCCAGAAGAUCAAAGCCGAGCUCCACAGCCGACCCCAGCCACAGGUUUUCCACUUCGUUUAUAAGCGCAUCGACAGCGAUCCGUAUGGAGCCAUUUUCCAGAAUGACAACAGCAACCACGCUUUGUAAGGCCGACACGCUUGCUGUCGGGCUUUUAGGUCCCCGAAAACCUCCUUUCCCUGCCCGCCAGCUGUUCCUGGAAUGGCGCGGUUUAGAGGGCUCUCAACCAAAUGCCUCGUGAGGACGGAAACAACUCUGCUUCUCAGCUGUGCGCAACAGACACACACUCCUCGCUCGGGCUGGCUCAACAGUGCACAUGCUGCAGCUGAACCGGACUUCACGGAUCCAUGACAUCCACCAAUAUAUUGCAAUAUGUCCAGCUGCAUAUUCACAUUGUGAUGGGCUUGUAUCCUUAUUUCCAGCACUGUUUUCAGUCUGAGUUGGCCGGACCUCUGCAAACUAGCCGCUGGGCUGUGUAUUUCGGCCUCCUCGCAAAGCUGCCCAAUGCCAGGCACCAGUAAACUGUUGCAUAGAUGGCAGCAGCCUUCUCUAAAAUAGCAUUUUUUAUUUUACAGAAGGCGACCUUUUAUAUAUUUCUUAAAAUUUUUAUAGCAGUUGCAGGUAAACUGUCGUGGUUCAUUCUUAAGCUAUUUUUAAGCUAUAAAAUAUUCUAUAUGCAUGUGAUUUUUAACAUUUAAUAUACAAACCAAAUAAAUCUCUUGCUGGUUUUAGAGUACUACAUUGAAAAUAUCCGUGAGGAUUUUCCUUUUGCUUUUUUCUACCCUGACUUAGGGUUCUUUUUUUAAAAAAAACAACUUUUUAAAAUAGAAACACUGAUAAAAGUCUAUAAACAAUUUGUAUUUCUCACAUAGGCUGCCCAAAGCUCACUACAACCCUCAUGUCCCACUUUCUGAAUCAAAGUUUGUGUACUGCUAUCUUGAACAGAUGGAUAUAUUUAAAGAGAUGGGGAAUGUGAAAGAGCUGGACGUAGAAAGCAAGCUAGUGAGAGGGCUUACAGAAACUCCUUGACAAAUAAAAUAUUCUAGGCUAGGGGAUGGCGUUUAAGAUGACUUAACCCAGUUUAGUUGCUCUUUAAUACAUGUUAACCAGCAUUGUCGUAUGUAGACUGAAGCUGACGAUCGAGGACAGCUGAUAGCAGAUUGCGUUCUCCGGCGGUGCGGAGUGCCGGCUCCGCAUUUGUUGGACACUGCGAAGGGACAAAACGAGGACAUAAAUAAAAAGGUGGUAUUUCGAACCCUAGUCUGCUGGCUCAGGCUAUCUGUAUAAACAUGAGUAAAGGAGGUUAUAAAAAGUUCAGUUUGAAAGUCACAGAUAUUUUAGGUGUGCAAAUACUGAUCUGACCUCUGUUGUAUUAAAUGCAGCAGCAAAAUGAGUUGAUGCAUUUAAUGGUUUCAUUGGCAAGUGCCAUCCAAUACAUUUUUAAUGGCUUAAAAGGUCAGUCAUUUUCUUUAGGUAUUUAGAUGUAAAUUGUUGGUUUCUCUGCAUCUGAAGGCAACAGAAAACAGACGCUUCGGGUUUAGUACAGGAUGGCAUGGAGUGUUACUGUAAUUUGCAAACCCCCACCUGCAGAAAUAAGCCAACCUGCAAAUGGAAAACGAGCUCAUCCUGUGCUGGGUGUUGUUUUUACUUGCGGGAUGUGUGUGUGUGUGUGGCAUUACACAGAGAAGUAGCCAAGAAAAGUAUUCCUCUGCCUGAAAUUUUACGACGACUCAAAUUACCUCUAGUUCCUCAUGCAGGGAAGCUUUUGGGCUGCAGACUUAAUUGCAGAAACGGGGGAGUGGGUCCUGUUAUUCGGUGAAAAUGACUGCAGGAAAUGGGAAGGGUUGGGCUGUUACGAAUGGAAAGACAAUUUGAGAUCCAGUGUGCCAGUUGGAAGUGUUCUGCUCUUCCCAGCAGAACACUGAGGUCUGGGAACUUGACCUCUUCAAAAUACUUAAAACCACAGAGGUGAAACAGGGCCAGUUUCUAGUAACACAAGAGGUAUUUCUUUCCAGCCUUAAGUACCGAGAGCUCUUCUGUGCUGGGUGUGACUUGGAAUGAGGCAAAUCUUACUCCCCAGGCUGCCGGAGCAGGGAGAAAGGCACCGGGUAGGGGAUCUUUUCUGCGAACAAGUUAAAUUCUCCGCGAAGUUCAAGAAGCCGUCUGGGGGAGUGCACGGUGGCUAUUUUUGUAUGGCAGGCUUAAGCGAAGCAUCAACCGACCCAGAGGCUUAGGUAGCCGAGUCUUUAAAAUUCCUGGGCAAUGCCAAGUCCGUUUCUGAUGGCGGCUUCGCACAAUCCAGAAAUUCCGGGCAUCAGAGCUGGUCAGCCCGCAAUGGGCAACCCGGGAACCCCUUGAAUCUGCUCCUCCUCUUUGCAGGGUGUGGGGCAGAAGCAGUUGGAGGCCGGGGCGGUGAGAAUGCCACUCCCUGAGAGGGGGUGCCUUCCCCAGGGGCCCCCCAAGCCUGGAGCCGGGAUGAGGGCUUGAUCUCUUUCAAGCUAUGUGGCUUCUCUCCCGGGUUACAUUCUUAACCGCGCGGUCUUCUCACUCCAGGGUGAUGAGAUGAAUGUGGCCGCCCGGCUCUGCAAGUAUGUUCUAUAUGUAAAGAUGUGUAUGUUUCCGUUGAUUUGCUACAUGUAUUUAUGUUGUAUUUCAUUUUGUAAAUGAUAAAGCAGUAGUUUUGCACAGAA